UGUUGACAAAUAAUAAAGGAGCUGUAGCCAUACGAGGAAAUGUGUCAAUGGACGAUAUGAAACCAGAUGAAGUGAAAACUAUGCUUCAACAAUACAUGAAUGACAACGAAUCAUUAAGGGAAGAAAAUGCGGAAUUGAGAUUUACGAAUGAUCUACUGACUCGAGAACUUGAAAGAGUCAACAAAGAGAACGAAAGAUUGCAGAAAGAAAGGACGAGGUCGGCGAGGCAGAGCAGGAAGACAGACAGCAUAACUGCCGCCAGGGCAGUUCUCGGUUCUUCCGACUCCCUCAUUGACUCCAACACGUGGAACAACGGAUCUUGGAAGUCUAUACUCGAUGCCGAUGAAGAGAUUGAACAUUUAAAUAAUCUCAAUAACAACAUCACAAACAACCAUCAUCGGAACAACUUAAACAGACAAAUGCAACAACAACUGACACCGGCAAAGAGAAAAGUUGGCAAAAGCCUAGGUGAUAUUACCGAGAAUCAGGAUGAAAGCGAAGAAAAGAAACCUGUGGGUAGUCUACGGAGACAGAGGAGGAAUUCUUGGGGAAGUGGCAUCCCUAGACCCGUAGACAACAGCAGAUCAUCCAAAUCUCCCCCACAAUAUACACCACCAGAUCCAGAAGAAGCUGAACAAAUGUUCGAAGAUAGAUCCACACCAGAAACAUCCCCUCCCGGAACGGGAACCCCUGGUACCGGAACCAAACUCCCUCCUCUACUUUCUAUGCUCAUGCCCAAAAGAAAGUCGGGUGGGAAAUCGAAAGCAAAAGAUCCAAUAGAUGGUGAAGCAUCCACUCUGGCAAAAGAUCUAGAGCAAGUACAGAGAGCGAUUCGGGGAGAAUCCAGAGCGAGUCUAAGACCGACAAGGUAGUUCAGUCUUCCUCAACUGAAGUAUAAGGAUCGAUGAAUAUGUACAUAUUUGUGUAUACCAGAUGUCAAUUUUAUGAACUAGAAAAAGAGAGAAUAUGUAAAAAAAAAAAUUGUGAUUUUAUACCGUUACUACUUGUUGAACAUUCUAUUGAAAGAAAAAUCUUUGUUUUUAUUGAUAAAGACUAAAUCAAAGUAAUUUAUUUAAAUCAUUCUUUUGAAUAUUUAAACUGAGAGAAUUGUGUUGUUCGGAAUUACAUCUAACAGUACACUUUCUGUAGAGUCUAUUUUCACAAAUUUCAUCAUUUCUCAAAUAAAUAUAUUCAAAGUAAAA